CGCCUCCUCCCCCGUCGAUCUUCUCUUGCAGAGCAAUGGCGUCGGCGCUGCUACGCCCGCUGCUCUCCGCGGCCACGAGGCGCCUCCCUCUCCACUCCCAGCCGCGCCGGGAGAGCAAGCGAUGGGUGCGCGCUUAUCUGGAGCAGCAGCGGCACCUGGAGCCCCCGCGGCGCCGAUCUGAAAAGCCUAACUGGGAUUAUCAUGCAGAAAUACAGGCUUUUAGUCACCGGAUACAUGAGAAGUUUGCAUUGGAUCUUCUUAAAACUGCAUUCGUUAAUCGUUGUUAUAUUAAACAUGAGGAGUCAAGGCGGCAAGCGUUGGGGCUAGAGAAAGAAGCCAUUGCUCUUAAUCUCAAGGACAACCAUGAACUUUAUCUGCAAGGGAACUCUUUUUCACGCUUGUACCUCACACAGUGCUUUGAAGAGGCUUAUCCAAAAAUGCCACCUGCUGGUAUUGAGGCUCUUGUUAACUUUCUCACCAGUGAAGAAUUAGUGUCCUACUUGGCUCAAAACCUGUCACUACAAGACUUUACGCUCUGUGCAGAAUUUCCCGUGCCAACCAAUGUGCUUCAGCAGACUUUCUUUGCUGUAAUAGGAGCCUUGCUGCAAAGCAGUGGCCCUCAGAGAACAAAGCUCUUUGUCAGGGACUUCUUCAUUCCUCAGCUAAUAGGAAAAGAACUCUUUGAGAUGUGGAAUGUUGUAAACCCCAUGGGUUUGUUGAUGGAGGAAUUGACCAAGAGGAAUAUAUCUGCUCCAGAACCAAGACUAACUAGACAAUCAGGAGCUACAACUGCACUGCCCUUAUACUUCGUUGGAUUGUAUUGCGAUAAGAAGCUUCUAGCUGAAGGGACUGGUGAAACCAUAUUAGCUGCUGAAGAAGAGGCUGCCCGCGUGGCCCUGCGGAAACUUUAUGGAUUCACUGAGAACAGACGACCCUGGGAUUAUUCUUCACCGAAAUGGGAACAGAGAGCAGAAAAUGCUAUUAGCAGCAGUUAGGGUGAAAAGGUCAAUUCCCCGAUGCGCAACAGUGAUGCAUGGCAGGGAGCCGAAUUGAUUGAAUGUCUACUACUUAAGAUUGUUUUUGGAAAAUGUUUACUAAAUUGAAGGAAUAGGGAAUUAAAUAACAAAACAACUCUUAAAAGAUACACAGCGAUAUAUUCUGGACUCUGUAUGCAAAAGAUCAUGUUUAAAAUACUGUGAUGGAAACUUCCGUAUUGGCCAAUAAAAUACGUUAUAUCCCA